GUGGCACUGCUGCUGCAGACGGGUAAUCAUGAUCGACCUGUAAACAGAGAAGCAUGUUGAAGUAAAGUGGAGAUGUUGUGUGAACGAUUUCAUAAGUGUUUCUCAAUGAAACUUGUAUCUAAAAGGUCGAAGAUAUUAACAUAAGCAGAAUGGGCAUUGUUUUAAGUCACACAAUUGUUGCGUUAUUUCUGCACUACCGUAAUCGAGACCGUCAUUUUGCCCAGGGUGCUGUUGACCAAAAUUCAUUUUCCGAGAGAUUCUUAGACCAGGAGGCGUUAUCCUCUCUGGACAAUGUGACAAGGAUUAGAGACUUGUACAGUACAAUCAGAGAAGUCCUCACUACCCUGCUUCAUAGAAACGUGAAUUCCAUUGUUUAUAUUGCUGACGAGAAGACAGGAGAGCUGUAUGCUGAUAGGGAGAAAAAUCAUGUCGCACCAAGUCAUGGAAUUGUCAGGGAAACUAUAGAGACUCAACAGUUUCAUGUUCAGAGCACUGAUGUAGCCGAGGACCCAGUUAUAGCAGUGUUACGGGCCCAGUGUAAGCUCCCAGCUAACUGGAACCCCAAAACAGUUUAUUGUCUGCCUGUAACAGAUGAAGAAAAUCAGAAAAUAUUGGCUCUAAUUGUGAUAGAGGAUAGUGCUACUGUAGAAAUAAACAAAAUUACUCCACUGAAACACAAGAUUGUGGGGUGCUAUAGAAGACUUUGUAAAUGUCACAGGGACAGCUCCUCUAAUUAUGCUCCCUCCAACAUGCCCAACUCAGCAACAGCCGGUGGCAGCGGGGGAGACAAGGAUGCCAUACUACGACUUUGUGGUGAUCUUUAUGACCAAGAUGCAUCGAGACUUCAGCUAAAAGUCAUUCGAUUUUUGGAGGAUCAGACCAAUGCAGAAUGCGCAUUUUUACUGCUGGUUGUACCAGAAACACAAGAAUUGUUUUGUCAAGUUAUUGGAGGACUUGUCCUAGAGGAAGAAGUCAAGUUUCCUGGCCAAAAUAGUGUUUUUAGUUUACCUUUAGAUUCAAAGAAACCAAUGAAGUUAGAAGAUGUACCUUUGGACAAAAGGAAAGAAAUAGAAAACUUUGUAGGAGUGAAAUUAAAGUCCAUGUUAUGUGUUCCAGUAUCUAGCAGAAAUAGUGAUGGUUUAAUAGCUUUAGCUUGUGUUGUGAAUAAAAAAGAUGCUGAAAAUUUUUCCAAUGAAGACCUCCAGACUAUCCUUCAGUGUUUCCAGUACACAUCGACAGUCUUAACAAGUACAUUAGCAUUUCAAAAUGAACGAAAGCUCAAACUUCAAACUCAGGCUAUGCUGCAGGUGGCAAGAAAUCUAUUCACUCAUUUAGAUGAUUUAACCAAACUUCUCCGAGAAAUUAUGCAAGAGGCAAGGAACCUGACACAGGCUGAAAGAUGCUCAGUAUUUUUGAUUGACAAAGAAACCAAAGAGCUUGUUGCAGAAGUGUUUGAUGGAAUAUCAACUAAUAAUAAAGAGGAGUAUAAUGAAAUUAGAAUGCCAAUUACUCAGGGAAUAGCGGGCCAUGUCGCCACUACAGGCAAAUUGCUGAACAUUAAAGAUGCUUACUCCCAUCCAAUGUUCUACAGAGGCAUUGAUGAUUCUACAGGGUUUAGAACUAGAAAUAUACUGUGUUUUCCUAUCAAGAAUGAAAAGGGAGAUGUUCUGGGCGUAGCUCAACUCUGUAAUAAGAAGACAGGACAGCACUUCACAGAGUUUGACGAGGAUCUAGCCUCAGCAUUCGCUGUCUACUGCUGUAUAAGCAUCAGCCAUUGUCUUAUGUACAAGAAGCUUCAAGAUUCACAACACAGAAAUAGAUUAGCAAAUGAACUUAUGAUAUAUCAUAUGCAGAUUUCUCCAGAUGAUGUAGAAAAGCUGCUCCAUAGAGAUAUCCCCUCUGUCACUUUGUGGGGAGAGGAAUUUGAUAAAUUCCCCUUUCCUCCCAGGGAGAUACCGGACCCUGACACACCACUGUGUGUUUUGGCCAUGUUUGAAGAUCUUGGCUUUAAUUCUCGAUGGAGAAUAAGAAAAGAUACUCUAGUUCGAUUUGUGUUGAUGGUGAAGAAAGGCUAUAGGAAUCCUCCAUAUCACAACUGGACCCAUGCCUUUGCUGUCGCACAUUUCUGUUACCUCUGUGUCAAGAACUUGAGUCUUCAACAGAGUCUAGAUGAUAUGGAAUUGCUAGCUCUAUUUGUGUCCAGUCUUGGACAUGAUUUAGACCACAGAGGUACAAAUAAUCAGUACCAAAUGUCAUCCAAAUCUGUGCUAGCUGCCCUGUAUAGCUCCGAAGGAUCUGUAAUGGAGAGACACCAUUUUGCACAGACUAUGUGUAUAGUGAAUACAGAGGGUUGUAAUAUAUUUGAGAACCUGAGUAGCAAGGAUUACACAUCAGUGUUAGAUCUUGUCAGGGACAUCAUUCUGGCUACAGACCUCUCCCACCAUUUAAAGAUCAUGAACAGUCUCAAAGACAUGGCUAAAGUUGGCUAUGAUAAUAAGAAUGAGAGGCAUCACUCUUUGCUGCUAUGUUUACUUAUGACUGCAUCUGAUUUGUCUGACCAAACCAAGCCAUGGGACAAUACUAAACAUGUAGCAGCUUUGAUCUACAGGGAGUUUUUCUCCCAGGGAGAUAUGGAGAAGUCUCUUGGCCAGAAGCCAGCAGAAAUGAUGGAUAGAGAACGAGCCAGAAUUCCAGAUCUUCAGAUUGGCUUCUUGGAUCACAUAGCUCUCCCUGUGUACAAGCUGUUGGCCGAUUUGUUUCCUGCCUCAGAGAUUGUGAGGGACACUGUCGUAGACAAUCGAAGACACUGGGAGAAGAUCUGCGCCCUAAUUAAGAUACGGAGAGGUGGGAGCUGUGAGCAGAUGAGUUACGACCAGAUAUUGGCAUUGGAAGAAGAGGAAGCUAAUGCAGAAAUAGAGAAUUAUAAUCUACAGAACCAAAAACAAAAUGGACGGUGACAGCAUAUAGUUUAUUAUCAGGCAGGAUUUACACAGAGGAUAAAGAAUCCUCUAUGACUACUAUGUCCUGUUAAAGGGACAAAAAUUACUAUCACAUUUCAAAUUCACAAACAUGAUGAAAGAUGUUCAUUUUGUCAUGUUUUAUAGCUUUUGGCUGUUAGUUUAAAACGUGCAUGUAUUAGGAAGCAGAAUGUGUAGCCAUCACUAAAACUUUAUUCUACGAAAUCCGUGGAGAAAAAAAGUUAUUCUAAGAAAUCCGUGAAGAAAAUUGCCACAGGGCCAAAAAAGGGAAAUAAUUGUUCAGCUUAAUAGAAAUGCAUUGGCAAAUAAUAUAUCUUAUUUUAUUCAGUACAUAGAAGAAGUGAUAAAAUAAAACAUAUCAGCAGCAUAGGUUAGCUGUUACAGCUACAGGAAAGUAAGAGUUCAUAGUAUCUAUCAUAUCACAAUCUUCUGAGGUACAGUGAUUUUGUCUUGUUUUUGAUUGCAUAUUCUAUGAACUGCACUGUUAAAUGGAGCAUUCCAUGUUUGAGAUCAUCAAGCUUGGAUCUGUCAUCUGAAGAUUUUUUAACACCUUAGUUUUGUUUAAUAUUUCAGAUCACCAAAUGUUAAAUGUUUUGUUAUAGAUAUUAUAUAUUCUUUGAUGUUUUUUUUUUUUUUUUUUUUUUUUACUUUUUAUUUUUCUUUUAAAAAACCAACUACCUAUGUUAUAAUUUUUUUUUCCCAAAUACAUUUUCUGUGUUUAGUGUUAAUGUAUUUUAUUGUGAUAUAUUUAAGUUAUGCAAAACAGGAGAUUUCAAGCUACGCAACCAUUAGACACUGAUAUAUAAGGUAUUCUGUUAUCCCUGUGCAGUAUUAACCUAAGUCUUACAAAUGGUUUUUCAUGUGUGCAUUUUACAUUGAUUAGUCAACCACCAAUCCUUUUUGAGGGGUACUUUUUAUUUGUUUUGAUUUUUUCUCUCUUGUGUACCGUUUUAUUUAAAUCCAUUUUAUAUUGUUUAUCUGUUAUUAUUUUAUGAAUGGUUUAUUAUGUUUAACAGUAUAUUUUCAUGGCACAUCAUGCUAUCAGAGAAUGUUUUACUGUCUAGAUAUGAUGUGAAUAUUUAUAAAAGAAGUUGAAUUUAAACAAAUAUAUUAAACAUUGAUAUAAAUUAUAUAUAGUUAUGUCAUGAUCAAGCCAUUGAUAUUAAACAUGUGGUUAGGAACAUCGAUUAUUAUCUAUAUAUAAAUAUUUAUUAAGGAAGUGAUUUAAAUACGGAUCAUCAGGGGAUGAAGUUAGCUGUAUAAACACCAUAGUCAGCCACAAUACCACUUUUUACCGUGAUGCUUAGGAAAUAGAUAUGCAUUUCCAACUGGGUUUUAUACUAGUAUAAGAAUCAGAAUGUACAAGAUUUUUAAAUGUUGGAAGAAUUUGUUAGUGUAACCUGGAAGAAUUUACAUCUGAAUCUUGAUAUUAUUGAAUGUUUUAAUUUAUUUUUAUUAUUUAAAUACUCUUGAAGUUGUACAUGCAUACUGAAAUCCUUUUUUUUUUUUAAUGGAAAGAAUCAAGAAUCUAUGAUAAAGAUUUGCUGCUGUGAAUGAUAUUUACUCUACAUACAUAAAUUACAAGCUUUUUGUUUUACUCAGUGUCCUACAUACAAUGAAGUAUAAUUUUUGAAUCUAAAUUGAACCCUAUUUAUCAUUGAUGUUUGAGUUCCUAAUUUAUUAAUGUUAAGUUCCUGUAUGUUUUUGUUAAAGGAAUGUUUCUCUUCCUGAUGUUACAAAUUAAAUUUUCAAGUACUCUAAUUGUUUUCCUGUUGUACCUUU